AUGAUGGAAGGACGUACGAUCGACUACAGGCCGGACGGCGGUGGUCUAGACUACCACAACUCACCGCUCAUGGCUGAAAUACCAAUAGACAAUUACUCACACAUACACAGAAGUAUAGAGCAUUUAAGAUCUAUAGGUAUGGCGCCACCAAUAGAUUCUCAUAGACAUUUAGCAGCUAACCUAACAGAUCUAAGAAGAUACGAACACCCAGAUGAUAUGCCGGAGAUAAAACCAUCGGUAUUAAGACUAUCGGAGUUCAAAAGUGGUCUCCAAGAUAUGAGGAUUCACAACGACCAGGAGAACGAAAUCCAGCGUCAGAUGACCCCUCACGACGAUGGCAAGGGUUACAGCGCGCCUUCUACACCUCUAUCAGAAAACGGCGGACAAAGCAUCCAAGAAGAGAAGGUGUUCGGCUCCAAGGCGGACCUACAGCUGCACACACAGAUUCAUCUCCGCGAAGCGAAGCCCUACCGAUGCACACAGUGCCCGAAGGCGUUUGCGAACUCGUCGUAUCUGGCGCAACACUCCCGCAUCCACUUAGGUAUCAAACCUUAUCGCUGCGAGAUCUGCCAGCGUAAAUUCACGCAGCUGUCUCAUCUUCAGCAGCACAUCCGCACCCACACGGGAGACAAACCUUAUCGAUGCACUCAGAUCGGAUGCACUAAAGCCUUCUCCCAGCUCUCCAACCUCCAAAGCCACAGUCGCUGUCAUCAAACAGACAAACCGUUCAAAUGUAAUUCAUGUUACAAGUGUUUCACACACGAGAAGGACCUGCUCGAACACAUCCCUAAACACAAGGAGUCGAAGCAUCUCAAGACGCACAUAUGCCAGUACUGUGGCAAGAGUUACACCCAAGAGACGUACUUAAGUAAACAUAUGAACAAACACGCGGAACGAGCUGACAAACGGCCGCCUAUAUCAGCAUUGGGUCUGAGCGGUCUCAACCGGUCCCUGGCGGCGGCUGCCCCCACUGCCGCUCCAUUUGCUGAUCACCCAUACUGGCCGAAGGUCAGCCCGGACUCAGCGGCACACAUGUCAGACGAGGGCGGCUAUCACCAACAGAGAGAGAGCGACGAGCAUCACGAGCAACAGUUACAACAACAGAGGGCAUUGUUCGCUCAGCACGAGAGCCAGGAAGACCGCAUCCAGCCUCCCGUAUCAUCAGCUGCGAACUCCGCCUUCACUCCGAUCAACUCGAUGGCCCCUCACUUGAACGGACUGUCCCAUCACAGUGCGCUGCCCACGAGACCUUAUCUGUACGACCCUCUCCACUUCCAACAAGGGAAGCAGCAGCCGAACUCGUUCCCCAAUCAGCUGAUCUCCCUGCAUCAGAUCAGGAACUACGCCCACCAACCUUCCCUGCUGCCCGCGGAACACAUCCUCCCUCAUACUUUAGCUCACAAAGACAAGCAAUAA